UCGCUUACCUAACCGUAAACUCACCCUCGGCCAGGGACUUUGCACGGAGUUUCAGUUGUUAUCACCUCAUCUGUUACUCAAAUAAACUCCCUAACAGGAUAAUAAGGUUGCUGAGAUGCUCUCCCUGCCUUUACUGAACCCAUUCUUUCCACUUUCUUCUUCUUCUUCUUCUUCUACUGCAGUAGACUUCCCGGUUGCAGCUGCAUGCAGGAAAAGCAAACACCUGAAACCAUCGUCCCUCUUUCUGGUUCGACAAUUAAAAGCGAGGGUUCUUCAUGGACAGGAUGCAAGUACGGAGGACGAAAACUUGGAGGGUCAGGAGUUUCGAGUGUUGACGGCUGUGAGAAGUGACUACAACGAAAUAGUAAUUGUGGAUACACCCAAAUCCAGGAUAUUGCUUCUUGAUUCUACUCAGAACAUUCAUAGCAUGUCUAAUAGGGGAGAAAAAUGGACAGGUGCAUAUUGGGAUGAGUUUGCGAGUUUGCCGGCUAUUGUUCCACAAGGCCCCAUUGGGAUCUUAGGUUUGGGUGGCGGAACUGUAGCUCAUUUGAUGCUGGAUCUAUGGCCUUCAUUGAAGCUUGAAGGCUGGGAGAUUGAUAGGAUUCUGAUUGAUAAAGCUAGAGAAUAUUUUGGGCUGUCUGAUCUAGAGAAAUGUACUGAGGUUGGUGGUGUUCUUCAUGUUCAUGUUGGUGAUGCGCUUUCUUCUUCAGCCACUGUUGAUGGUGGAUUUUCUGGCAUUAUCGUGGACUUGUUUUCUGAUGGAAAAGUUUUGCCAGAGUUGCAAGAGGUGUCAACAUGGUUGGAAAUGAGUAGUAGAUUGAUGCCUCAUGGUCGAAUCAUGGUAAAUUGUGGUGGAAAUCAUGUUGAAACAUCCAUCAUCAGAGAUGGAAUAACCUUUCCGGAGCUUUCUGCAAAUGAUGGUGCAUGGGUACAAAAUUCCACUAUUACGGCAUUAUGCAAAGCAUUUCCUGGAAAUUUAAGCUGGAAGAGAAUGGCAAAAGCAGAUGGGGAAAACUAUCUUGCACUUACAGGACCUUUGCCAGAUUUGAAUGCAUGGUCUGCUAUCGUCCCUGACUAUUUAAGCUCCAGCGUGAAACAAUGGAGACCUUGCGGACCAGUUGCAUGAGAAAAGGUCCACUGUCAGCCAUAAU